AUGGCACCUCUUACGACAAAACGACGCAAGUUGGAACACACAAGUGAUGACGAGGCUCCACAACUUCAAGAUUCAAAGGUCGACAUCGGCGACAUUGGAGCUGGUUCCGUCGGAAAAGAAAGUUCAUCACAGGAUGUGGAUGCAGUUCGAUCGACGCUCAAACAUCCGCCCGCAAAGCGACAACACAAUGAUCAAGAUGCUGCACUGUAUGCGGGUGGUCUCUAUAAGUCGAGCAUGUUCAAACUCCAGGUAGACGAGCUGUUGAACGAAGUGCGACCAAAUUAUGAGAAGCGUGCUGCCGGAAUCAAAUCCUCAUUGCACCAACUCAAAAAUGCUAUUGAGGGCAUUGAAGACCGAGGACCCCUCUCCAUCCCUGAUGCCAUCAAAUUGUUUUCCAAAACUCACAAAAUCGCCAUCCCCUUUCCCGAUCCUAAACCCGACAAUAAUGCAGCCUACAAACUUACAUAUUCGAAACCAUCCGCAAUUAAUGUUGUUGGAAGUUAUGCUUUAGGGACUAUGGUCAAGUCUGAAAGGUCUUUGUGUGUCGAUAUGAUCGUGAACAUGCCGAAAUCAAUUUUUCAAGAGAAAGACUACCUUAAUUAUAGAUAUUUCUAUAAGAGGGCGUACUAUUUGGCAACAAUAGCAGCUGGACUACAUACUUCAAUGCCAGAUUUGACUUUAGAGUAUGAAUUUUUGAAUGAAAACAGCCUACAUCCGGUCUUAGUAGCUCGAUGGAAUUCUAGUACAAAAACCGAUCAAAAUUCGCGAUUUGAAGUUCAUAUCAUACCUGCUGCUCCUCGAAACUUCUUUCCAGAGGCCAAGCUACGCCCUGCAAAGAACUCGAUUCGCCCUAAAGAUGAAGCAGGUAGCGACACCACUGCAGCGGAACCUUCGCCAUUUUACAAUUCGUCGUUGAGCGCGGAUUGUAACUUUGAAUCAUAUCUCCAGCUCCUUCAUAAUGCAUCCAAGGCAUCAGAAGGAUUUAAAGAUGCAUGUCUGCUUGGCAGAAUAUGGCUUCGGCAGAGAGGUUUUGGCAGUGCUAUAUCUGAGGGAGGGAUCGGGCACUUCGAGUGGGCCGCCUUGACAGCUCUACUGUUGAAAGGAGGUGGUCCCAAAGGACAUAGCCUUCUGUCCCCGGGAUAUAGCAGCUACCAAAUGUUCAAAGCUGUCGUACAGUAUCUGUCGACUAACCAUUUGACGAAAAAGCCAAUGCUUUACGAGGCACCAGAUCUCCAAGCAGCGAAAUCUGAGGUCCCAAUGUUCUACGAUGGACCCAGAGGGGUCAACAUUCUAUACAAAAUGACGUCGUUUUCUUACGAAUUAUUACGCGAUGAAGCAAAAACUUCGUUGACGAUGCUUAAUGACUCUACCUUUGACCAAUUUGAGGCAACAUUCAUCACAAAGGCCGACCAAAUUCUGCAGAAGUACGAUUGCAUCGUUAAUAUUCCUAUACCUGUUCAAAAAGAUGGUGUAUUCAAUUGUGAUCAUAAAACCCACACUACGACCUUUGCUAAUCGUGUGUUUGCCACGUUGAAGGAAGGCUUGUCCGAUAGGAUCCAGCUCUUGGAUCCCAAGGGGAUUGAAACAAAAGCUUGGUCAAUCAAAAACUCGGGACCGUCAAUAAAUGACGGCCAGACCUUGAAUCUCGCCGUCCUCUUUGACCCAGCGAAUAUCAGUCGUCUAGUUGAUCAUGGCCCGCCAGCAGAAGACAAGAAGAAAGCAGCCAAAUAUCAAAAGUUCUGGGGCGAAAAGGCAGAGUUAAGACGGUUCAAAGAUGGAAGUAUUCUUGAGAGUUUAGUCUGGUCAUCUGGCUCGACGUAUUCUAUAUUCGAGGAUAUCGUCACAUAUCUUGUGAAGAGACACUUAGGAGCCGAGGUGAGUAAAGGGUUGAGCUUCAUUGGUGAAGGUUUCGAGAAAUUACUACCCUCGUACGGAAGUGGCUCUAAAGAUUUCGAGGUCCUCAGGCAGGCGUUCAAUUCUUUCGAAAAAGACAUUAGGGAUAUGGAAAGCCUACCAUUGCAACUGAAACAGCUCUCUGCGGUGGAUCCUCAAUUACGGUCUUCGUCGAUUGAAGUUCCGUUAUUUGCACCAAGACAGCCUCUGGCUACCCCAGCUGAUGUCCUGAUUCAGUUUGAAGGGUCUGGUAGAUGGCCAGAUGAUGUUCUUGCCAUCCAACGAACUAAGAUUGCUUUUCUUCUUAAGAUCGGCGAGCUCUUGGUUGAAUCUAAUGACAGCAUAAGUACAAGACUCGGCAUAGAAAAUGAAGAUCAACCACUUCAGAAUUGUGCUUUCUUGGAUGUGUUCUAUCCAUCGGGUGCCACGUUCCGUCUUCGGAUCCAAAAUGAACGAGAACAAACACUUCUCGAACGUCAAGUCAAGGACAAGACCAUUGAUAAUCGAUCACGAGAAGAUGCAGUCUCGGCACUUUCUCUUUAUAAACGGUUUAACACCCAGCUCCCAUUACAUACGCAAUCGGUAUCGACCCAUUGUACUCGAUUCCCUCUUCUUUCGCCAACCAUUCGUCUUGUUAAAAAAUGGUUCGACCGCCACAUGCUUUCCGGACAUGUCAGCGGUGAGCUUAUCGAACUUCUGGCAGCUCGAGCCUUUUUGCAACCUUAUCCCUGGAAGGCGCCAUCGAGCGCUAUGUCUGGAUUUUUACGAACCUUGCUUUUCUUGUCGAAGUGGGAUUGGCGAUCAAGCCCGCUAAUCGUAGACUUCACCGGUACGAUGACAGACAAGGAUGUUUCUACCAUAAACACCAGGUUGGAGGCAUGGCGGAAAAUAGACCCGGGCAUGAAUCGCACGGUUCUAUUUGCAGCUUCGAAUCAUGACACAACGGGCAUCGCUUUUACUAAUGAUGGACCAUCGAAAAUGGUAGCUGCACGAAUGACUGCUCUUGCGCGAUCAGCUUGUAAAGCCGUCAAAGACCAAAGCCUAGCUUUGGAUCAAAGAUCACUAUUUGCAACUUCCACAAAUGACUAUAAUUUCGUCAUUCAUUUGAAUCCUAAGGCUGCUAGCACCUCGAAGGCAAAGGAUUCGCAUCGCUUCAAGAACCUUGAAGUGCAGUCAGAACUGAGCCUCGACAAAGUCGACUAUCGACCCAUCGAAAUGUUCAGCGAAGAAUUAGAGAGUCUAUACAAUGGUAGUAUCGUCUUCUUUCGUAGUGCGACAGAUAUUUCACGAAUUGGAGGGUUAUGGAAUCCGCAAACAGCAAUCUCGAGAGCGUUCAAGGUGAACUUGGCAUAUGCGGCAAAGCCAGUGGGAGAGAAAGAUGGGGAAGAAAAGGAAGAAGAGGCGACACACAUUGAAAUCAAUAAAUCGGCGAUAUUGGCGGAGAUUGCUCGCUUGGGAGGUGAUAUGGUGUCGAGGAUAGAAAUUCAUUGA